AAAAAUGUCCUCAAAACGAAAGUCGGACACGCAAGUGCCGGCAGAAGAAAGCAACUUGCUGUCGAUUAGACCACUUGGCGCGGGUCAAGAGGUCGGCAGAUCAUGUAUUAUGCUGGAAUUCAAAGGAAAAAAGAUUAUGCUGGAUUGUGGCAUACAUCCAGGUCUCUCUGGCAUGGAUGCUCUACCGUUCGUUGAUCUUGUAGAAGCUGAUGAGAUUGACUUACUUUUGAUAUCCCACUUUCAUCUCGAUCACAGCGGAGCUUUACCAUGGUUUUUGCAGAAGACAAGCUUUAAAGGACGAUGUUUUAUGACUCAUGCAACAAAAGCUAUAUAUCGCUGGCUGUUGUCUGACUACAUAAAAGUUAGCAACAUAGCGACGGAGCAAAUGUUAUAUACAGAGUCGGACUUGGAGGCCAGCAUGGACAAGAUAGAAACCAUAAAUUUCCACGAGGAGAAGGAUGUGUUCGGAGUAAAAUUCUGGGCCUACAAUGCAGGACAUGUUCUCGGAGCCGCAAUGUUCAUGAUCGAAAUUGCUGGUGUUAAGAUUCUGUAUACCGGUGACUUUAGUCGGCAAGAAGAUCGACAUUUAAUGGCUGCUGAAAUACCCAAUAUACAUCCAGAUGUUCUAGUUACAGAAUCGACGUAUGGAACUCACAUUCAUGAGAAACGAGAGGACCGAGAAGGCAGGUUCACCAAUCUGGUUCAUGAAAUUGUAAACCGAGGUGGCAGAUGCUUGAUUCCUGUAUUCGCGCUCGGUCGUGCACAGGAAUUACUUUUAAUCCUUGAUGAAUACUGGAGUCAACAUCCCGAGUUACAUGAAAUCCCAAUCUAUUAUGCCUCAUCUUUGGCAAAAAAAUGCAUGGCCGUCUACCAGACGUACAUCAAUGCCAUGAAUGACAAGAUACGUCGACAAAUAGCGAUCAACAAUCCAUUUGUUUUCAAACAUAUAUCAAACUUGAAGGGAAUAGACCAUUUUGAGGAUAUAGGUCCUUGCGUAGUAAUGGCAUCUCCUGGUAUGAUGCAGAGUGGUUUAUCUAGAGAAUUGUUUGAGUCCUGGUGUACAGACUCAAAGAACGGAGUGAUAAUUGCUGGUUACUGUGUCGAAGGUACCCUGGCCAAAACAAUAUUAUCAGAACCAGAAGAGAUAGCUACAAUGUCUGGGCAGAAGCUACCACUCAAAAUGUCAGUCGAUUAUAUAUCAUUCUCUGCACAUACCGACUAUCAGCAAACUUCGGAAUUCAUAAGAAUUUUGAAACCACCUCAUGUCGUUCUCGUUCACGGCGAACAAAAUGAAAUGGGAAGACUAAAAGCUGCUCUGCAAAGAGAAUACGAAGACGAUCCGCAUACAAGUAUGGAAAUUCAUAAUCCUAGAAACACUGUGGCUGUAGAGCUAUAUUUCCGUGGUGAAAAAACCGCCAAAGUGAUGGGAACAUUAGCUAUGGAAGCUCCCAAGCCUGGACAAAAAUUGUCAGGCGUUUUAGUGAAACGAAAUUUCAAUUACCAUAUUUUAGCACCGUGCGAUUUAUCCAAAUAUACGGAUAUGAGCAUGAGCCAAGUGAUUCAAAGGCAAAGUAUCCAUUUUUCAGCAUCAAUACCUGUCUUGAAAUAUCUGCUCACUCAAAUUGCUGGCAGUCUAGAGACUAUUGAUGAUAAAAAGAUGAGAGUCUUCAAUAACGUUGAUGUUUUACUAGAAGGAAAAACCGUCACAAUGGAAUGGAUAGCGACCCCUGUUAAUGACAUGUACGCAGAUUCAGUUCUCACUGCGAUUCUACAGGCUGAAAUGAUGGAUCAACCACCAAAAACUCUGCAAGCACCUGCCAAAAUGGACAGGAUGCAUUUUAAGGAAUGUCUUAUCGAGAUGCUACAAGAAAUGUUCGGUGAAGAUUCAGUACCAAAGAUAUUCAAAGGUGAGAAAUUGUAUGUUACUGUGGAUGGUAAGAAGGCUCACAUCGAUUUGAUGAACUUGGUCGUGACGAGUGAAGAGGAUGAAACUUUUGAACAAAUAGUGCAGACUGCUGUUUCUAAACUACAUCAAUCGCUCGCCCCUCCCCCAUGAUACAAUUUGAACAAUCAAUUCCGAUUCAAUUCAAAUGAGAUAAUUGUAUAAUUGAUCCAACAUUAUCGAUUAAACGGUUAAUAAGAGAAAUUUUUUUUCAAUA